AGGAGAUUUACCAGAAUUAACAUAUGAAGUUAUAAAAUAUUUUCAUAAUGAUUUUUCAACUUUAUAUUCAUGCGUUUUAGUUAACAGAUUAUGGUGUCGUUUAGCUGCUCCAUUAUUAUGGGAAAACCCAUUUUCAAUCUGUAUCAGAAACUAUAAUUAUUUAGAAAUUUACUUACAAUAUUUAAAUGAUGAUAUUAAAACACAACUAAAAGAAUAUAAUAUUAUUAAUAAUUCAUUACCUUCAAAUACAUUCUUCAAUUAUUUUAUGUUUUUAAAAUAUUUGAAUAUACGUAAGUUUAUUUUAUCUUUUGAAAAGUGGCUUAAAACUUCAACCUUCGAAAUUAGACAUAAAAUAUUGAAUGAUAUAUGUACAUCAUUAUUUAAAAUGUUUAUCGAAAAUGAAAUAAAAUUACAUACCCUUGAAAUUGAGAUUUACAAUCCUUAUAGUAGCACAAUUUAUGGUGAUAUUGUUAAAUUAAUUUUAAAAAAUCCAAAUUUCAUUCAUAAUAUUAGAAAUCUAAAAUAUCUUGGACAUGAUUGGGUUAAUGGGUGUAAUUCUUCUAAUGAUUAUAUGUUACAAUUAUUAAUUAAAUCACAUCAAAAUCCAAAAAAAUUUUUAUUAACAGGAUAUAUUAGAUUUAAAUCAGACCACUCAUUAUUAUUAUUAAAAGAUUUUAAUUGUUCAAAUACCUUAAA